UCCCUAUUGGGCCACCGUAUAGUAUACGUAACCUGUAUGUACGUCACGCUUCCGUUGAGCAGCAGCAGCGUAACAUGCUAGCUAGCAUAAACAAUGCUUGUUUGAGUGUAAUGUAACAUUUAUCUGACAUUUAUGUACUAAAUACCAUCGCUAAAUUAUAACCCUAAAGCCAGUAACGUCGAGCAUCAUGGAAACGGAAAACCGACCCAAAAAGAGAAACUACUCUGAGAAGUCUGGAUCAGAGGGCUCAGAAGAUGAUGACUAUGUGCCGUAUGUUCCUGUUAAGAUCAGAAAACAGCAGAUGCUCCAGAAGGUGAUGCAUUUCCGUGGGAAAGGGCUCACAGAGGAGGAACAGAAAGAUAGUGGUGGAGAGCAGAAAGAUGAGGAUGAGGGUCUGGGUCCCCGAUCCAAUGUCAGUCUGCUGGACCAGCACCAACACCUCAAGGAGAAAGCUGAAGCUCGAAAGGAGUCUGCUAAGGAGAAACAAUUGAAAGAGGAAGAAAAGAUUCUGGAGAGCGUGGCCGAAGGCAGAGCUCUAAUGUCUGUGAAGGAAAUGGCCAAAGGUAUCACAUAUGAAGACCCAAUAAAAACAAGCUGGAAAGCGCCACGUUACAUUCAUGGCAUGCCAGCAGCGCGGCAUGAACGUGUACGGAAGAAGUACCACAUUCUUGUUGAAGGUGAAGGCAUUCCACCACCCAUUAAGAGCUUCAGAGAGAUGAAGUUUCCUCAGGCCAUCCUUAAAGGACUGAAGAAAAAAGGAAUCAUUCACCCGACACCCAUUCAGAUUCAGGGAAUACCAACCACCAAUAUCAUUAUGUUUUGUCUGGAGCAGGAGAAACGGCUACCCUUCUGUAAGAGAGAGGGACCCUAUGGCCUCAUCAUCUGCCCUUCUAGAGAGCUGGCGAGACAGACACAUGGUAUCAUUGAAUACUACUGUAAACUCCUAGAGGAUGAAGGGGCUCUUCAGUUGCGCUGUGCCCUGUGUAUUGGGGGCAUGUCUGUCAAAGAACAGAUGGAGGUGGUAAAACAUGGGGUGCACAUGAUGGUGGCCACGGUGAGUCUGGAUAUCUGCCGCUAUCUGGCUCUGGACGAGGCUGACAGGAUGAUUGACAUGGGUUUUGAGGAGGACAUCAGGACCAUCUUCUCUUACUUUAAGGGUCAGAGACAAACACUGCUUUUCAGUGCCACUAUGCCCAAGAAGAUUCAGAACUUUGCCAAAAGUGCUUUAGUGAAACCUAUCACCAUUAAUGUGGGCAGAGCUGGAGCUGCAAGCUUGGACGUCAUCCAGGAAGUGGAAUAUGUCAAAGAAGAGGCCAAAAUGGUUUAUCUCCUGGAGUGUCUCCAGAAGACCCCACCGCCGGUAUUAAUAUUCGCUGAGAAGAAAGCAGAUGUAGAUGCCAUACAUGAGUAUCUUCUGCUGAAAGGUGUGGAGGCGGUGGCUAUUCACGGUGGAAAAGACCAGGAAGAGAGAACGAAAGCCAUUGAGGCAUUCAAAGAGGAAAAGAAAGAUGUUUUAGUGGCUACUGAUGUUGCUUCGAAGGGUCUGGAUUUUCCAGCUAUCCAGCAUGUUGUCAAUUAUGACAUGCCAGAGGAGAUUGAGAACUAUGUCCACAGAAUAGGCAGAACAGGUCGAUCCGGAAAGACUGGAGUAGCCACAACAUUUAUCAACAAAGGAUGUGAUGAGUCUGUACUAAUGGAUCUGAAAGCUCUGUUGGUUGAAGCCAAGCAGAAGGUUCCUCCUGUGCUGCAGGUUCUCCAAAUGGGAGACGAGAUGAUGCUGGAUAUUGGAGGAGAGAGAGGCUGUACAUUUUGUGGUGGUUUGGGCCACAGGAUCACAGACUGUCCCAAACUGGAGGCCAUGCAGACAAAACAGGUCACCAACAUUGGCCGCAAGGACUAUCUGGCCAGCAGCUCCAUGGAUUUUUAAUGCUGUCUGCUACUUUGUCAUCAAAUCUUUCCUUGAGAGAGGCUCCUGUAUCAUGUCCGAUGUCAUUUUGUGCAAAAUGCAUUAUUCUUGGAACUCCACUUUUUUUUUUAUAUCAGUGAAACUAUCUUUUUUGUUGCAAAAUACAGUCAAAAAGCUUUGCGUAAGAAAAAAAAUAUAUUAAAGUUAGGUUUUACUAGAGUUUUCAGUAGGUUUUGCUUCAUAAUGAUGUUGUCAUGUAAUAAUGUAACAGCUGAGUUAUUACAGUAUUUAUCUGAAACCCACUCAGGCAUGUUUUUGACAGUUAAAUUGUUUAUUUGCUACACAUCCAGUGUAAGUAAUGGUCACCUCAUGCACCCUCUUUACUUAAUGAAACCAAAUGCAAUAAAAUUCUUCUCUGAGACUGUAUCUCUGGUUAUG